UUGAAGUACUUGAUGCGAAAUGGAACGUGCAUGGAGAUAAUUUCCUAUCUACAUUUUCGCCUUAUUUGAAAUGACGGGGCAAAAUAGGUCUUUUUUGACAGGGUAUAGUCCAGUCUGAUCAUAGCCAAACUACUCGUCAGCUUGAAGUCUUGGAGUUUGGCUAUCCAUAAACAAAAUACGGCCAAUGCGGCUUUUGUUGAGGUCAAUGAUUUCUGUUGCGUUGUCUUUUUCACGCUUUUUUGACGCUUUUUGUUCAUAUGUUCGUAUGUACGUAUGUAUUGAAUAUUAAUUUUAAAACUUUUUCGGCUUGUGUAAACAUAUUCAGCGAAAUACUUAAGUGGAACCAUCGACCGCUGUAAUGUCGAUUCUGCAAGCAAAUGAUGACAUAAUGGAAGAUAGUUGAAACUCCAAGAACAGGAAUGCUGUGAUUCACGGGGACCAGAAUAUUUUGUAAUACAAUGAACCGCGUCUAGAGCUAUCUCGAAGGUCUUUUCGAUAAAAUGAUAUUCAAUUAUACUAAAAAGAAAUGCAUGUCGGUUACUUCUUAGGGGAAAAAAACUCAUCGCAAUAGGUCCAUAAAUAUAAUGGGGAAACCGUCGACUCGAUUCAGUAGAACAUUCCAUACGGAGCCAAUAAAAUGUCCAAAUAUCUGAUACACCUGUGCCUGGUGCUGCUCUGGAGCUCUCGGAUAAAUGCAGAUCACUUUGACGAAUGUGACGGCAUGGACGAUGGGGCAUUUGUACAAAGUUGGGAGAGCUGCCAAUCCUACGUGUACUGCGAGGGUGAGGAAUCCCUGAAGGGCGAUUGCGAGGAUGGUGAAUACUUUGAUUCCGAGGCGGGAACCUGUGACGCUGCGGCCAAUGUGUCAUGUUUCCUGGACGAAGUCGAUGAACCUUCGGAACCGGAACCGGAAACAGACGAAGAAGAGGAGGAAAUACCCGCCACACCAAGACCAACCGAACCACCGAUUGUGGAGACCCCGACCGAAGUGGAUAUCGUGAAUAUUGCGCCCGUUGUAAGGCCCAACUGUCCGAUCAGCGAUGAUCCCGGCCAGGUUAUAUUCAUGGCCAGCAAUAAUUCGUGCACCAACUAUUAUCUCUGCUAUCACGGUCAUGCCAUGGAAAUGCACUGUGAUAAUGAGCUGUACUUUAAUUCGCUCUCGGGACAGUGUGAUUACCCAGAUAAAGUUCAGUGCGCCUUUGAAGAUCCGCGAUCCCACAAGUGUCUGCCACACAUGACCGAGUUCUUUCCACAUCCAGACAACUGCAACUACUUCUACUACUGCAUCAAGGGCUUCCUGACCCUGCAACAGUGCCCCUUCUACUACGGCUGGGACAUAGAACGCCGGAGUUGUGUGCAGAUAGGUGUGGCGAAAUGCUAUGGAAACUCCAGGAGAACAGGUCGGAAAGCCCCAUUGCCACCCAGAAAACAACUCAUCAAGACUUAAGGGGAGUUGUCUACCAGAUAAGAGCUCUAUUUAUUGAUAAGUUACAAGAUUGUGGCGA